UUUACAAUAAAUUAUAAAUUACAAAUUUGUAGUAAUUUCUGUAAAUCACGAUAUUGGUAAAAAUAUAAUUGAGUAUUGCUGUAAAUUGUAAAAGUUAAUUACGAUCUAAUUAUCAGUAUACUGAAAACAUUUUAAAAAAUAACAUUUUUUUAAAUGUUCCUCUAUUGGAACCAAAUCUUUAAAACCUAUGUAAAAAAUGAUAAACUUCAAAGAAUUCCAGGAUCAAACCAAUAGAAGUAUAAAUUGUGAUUGAUUUUACUUUAAGUACUUAAAAAUGAGACAUGGAAGAAUUUGGAGUAUUGCAACUUCAUAGAAAUAAACAUUUCAUUAAAGAUUGUUGUGCUGUAAUCAAUUCUGAAUGGCCUCGUAGUGAAACUGCCAGACUUCAUAGCUUGGAGGCUUCAUGUGACACGUUACCAACAUCACUUGUGCUAGUAAAAAAACUUGAAAAUAACGGAAAUAAGGCUGUAAUAGGACAUUCGAAAAUUACUCCGAUACCAUCAAUGCUAGGCAGUUGCUUUGUUGAAAGUGUUGUUAUUGACCACAGAUAUCGUGGAAAAGGCCUUGGCAAAUUUUUAAUGUAUAAAACCGAGGAAUACAUAAAAACGUUGGGAAUAAAUACGGUGUACUUGUCUACUAAAGAUAAAGAAGAUUUUUAUUCCAAGCUUGGCUAUGUGAGGUGUCCACCAGUGUCCAUUUAUGGCAGUUUUUCAUCUGUACAAAAGUUACCUGUCAUUAUAAGUCCUUCGAAGAAGAUAUACAUGAAAAAAAAAUUAUAAUGAACAACUUAUAUUUUGUUUUUGUUAUAUUUUUUAAUUUACAAACAAGGAAUUAUAUUAUCACUGUUAUAAACGCAUGUGUGGCUAUUGCACAUUUCAGUUAACCUAACUAACAGUAUUACCUUUAUUAAUAAUAAUAAUAAUAAUAAUAAUAGUUUAAAAUUGUGUAUACUGUACAAUACUAAUUUAUAUAUAGUUUUAAAAAAAUUACAUUAUUUACAAAUUAAUUGAGCCAACGUAAAAUAAUCAUAAUAUAUAAAAAAAAAUUAACUAAAAACAAUGCCAAAAUACGUU